UGUGCGUCUGUUCAUUGCUACGAAAAUAUGCUUCAUUGAGUUCAAAUUAGUUCAUUUUUGAGGGACACCACAUAAACAUUUUUUUGCAAGUUUGUGUGUAUGUGCCACCGUGGGCUUUUUCUGUGUUGGAGUAGAACUAGCAUCUUUGCUGUUUCCCUCAGGGUCAUUUAAACUGGUGCUCCAGCAGCCUCCAGCCCUAAGAACCAAGAGCCUGAAGGAGGAUCUCAUGUCACUACUAAGAAUGGAUAUCUCUAUAUGAAUCCACUGUGUUGGCUUUCGCACAGUGUUACUUGUGGGCUUGCAGAUCCAAAAGUCAACCAUGUGCAGCCCACGUGAGGUCCUGCUUGUUGGCGAGGGGAACUUUUCCUUCUCGGCUGCUCUGCUCGAGUCGUCUAUGGAGGAGCUGCAUGUAACUUCUACCUGUUUACAGUCUGAAGAUGAGGCACUGAGGAUGCAUGGUACUCAGGAAAACAUACAGCAUCUACGUGAUUGUGGUUCAACGGUGCUGUUUGAAGUGGACUGCACAUGUCUGAGCGAGCAUGAGGAUCUACACGGUCACCUUUUUGACUGCAUUAUUUUCAACUUCCCACACUUUGGCCGUAAAAGCGGAGUGAAAAAGAAUCGUGGACUUCUAGUGAAAUUUUUUCAAAGUUGUGCGAAGGUCUUGAAAGACGGUGGAGAGGUUCACGUGGCCUUGUGCAAUGGCCAAGGUGGCACUCCAGCCGACAAUCCAAUGAGAGAGUGGCACAACAGUUGGCAAGUAGUUGCCAUGGCAGCAGAGGCUGGUCUUGUGUUGAACGAGGUCCAUCCUUUUGAUCCCACCAAAUAUCAGGGCUACAAAUGCACAGGCUACAGGAGCCAAGACAAAGGCUUCCAUGUGGAAAAUGGCCUCAACCAUAUCUUUACCCGGAGCUACCCGUAUACCACACCGGUGAAUGUAAAAAUGGAGGCAGCACUGGCCAAGGAGACAAUUUUAUUUGAACUUCCAGCAGAGCUCUCUGAAUAUGUUAACAGAUCGUUUCUGGACUCCCAGUCCUGCCACCCAGUGAAACUGGUUCAGGAGCAGCUCCUCAGAGAGCUGAAGUCGUCAUGGCCCGUUAACACACUGACCCAGAACUUUCCAGAACUAGUCUGUUGCCCCUCGGACCAACUGUGUGCAUUUGGCACAGACUUGGUCACCACCAGUCAGACUGACAUUUACUGGGUGAGGUCACUAGAAACCCACGGGCAGGGCUCACAUGAAGAGGUGGAAGGCGACGAUCAUCCCAGCGCUAACACGAGGUACGCUCUGCAGCCAUCUCUGCUUGUUCAUCUCUCCGAGAUCAUCAACCACGAAGAAUUCAGCCCCGGCACCUUGCACACCCUCAGUGGGCUCGUGUUCCGCCGGACUCCCGUGUCCCCCAACACGUCUCCGGCCCAUCACCAGCUCCUCCUCGUUGGAGCCUUACCUUCAGACUCUGAACCUCUGAAGUGUCUCCAUGGGUGCUUGGAGACCCUGCUGUCUCCACACGGUGUAUCGUUCAGGGAGGACCCAGAGGAUUCCAAUAAAGUAUGGCUGAACUCGGACAAACUUCCUAAAUUCGGCAGGUUGGCGUACCUGUCCGCGCCGGAGUACGAGUUCCACAGCGUGCGUCUGUGUGUGGUCACCAUAGACCUGGACCACUUGGCCACGCUGGUCUUCGGCCUCUUUGACUGGCGCCUGCUGUGGAGCCCCGAUCCGCGCUUCCUUCGGCACUUCUCCUCCAAGCCCCUCGAACCCUUCGCCAUCUUCUCGCUGUACCCGUCAAGCUACUCACACGACAUCAGCUUCUGGAUGGAGCCGGACAGCUUCGACGAGCUCGAUUUCCACGCCGUGAUCCGCCAAGCGACCGCGGGCGCCGUGAAGGACGUGGUCCUGGUGGAUCGCUUCAGACAUCCGCACAUGGGUCACGCCAGCCUGUGCUACCGGCUGACCUACCAGUCGCCUGAUCGCGCGCUAUCACACAGCCAGGUCAAGGACAUGCAUGUGGCGUUGCGCAAGCUUAUGGCUCAGAAACUGCGGGUCACACUCAGGUAGAGACACUGGCUGGAGGUCACUCCGCUUCCUCCCUUCCUUUCCUCUCGUCCUCUUGCCUAAGUGUCAGCCUGCCUUUCCCCUGCUGUCCAUCAAUGGAAAGC